UUUGAACGAAUCAUACGCGGGAAAUUACUGCUCGUUUCAGCUGGACAACGGAGACGGUAACACACUGUUAUACAAAAUGAAGUUGGUAACGUGUGAGAUCGCAUGGCACAACAAGGAGCCAGUCUACAGUCUGGACUUCCAGCACAGCUCAGAUGGACGCAUUCAUCGGCUGGCCACAGCUGGAGUGGACACCACAGUCAGACUGUGGCGGGUAGACACGGGCCCAGACGGGAAGGCCGUGGUGGAGUUUCUGUCUAAUCUGGCCAGACAUACCAAGGCUGUCAACGUAGUGCGCUUCAGCCCUAAUGGAGAGCUGCUUGCUUCAGGAGGAGAUGAUGCAGCGAUUUUGCUGUGGAAGCUCAAUGACUCUAAGGAGCCUGAGCAGACCCCCAUCUUCCAGGAGGAUGAAGAUGCUCAGCUCAACAAGGAGAGCUGGUCUGUGGUCAAGACACUAAGAGGACACAUAGAGGAUGUUUAUGACAUCUGCUGGACACGAGAUGGAAAUUUCAUGGUGUCUGGGUCUGUUGACAACACUGCUGUUAUGUGGGACAUCAACAAAGGACAGAAGCUAUGUAUCUUGAAUGACCAUAAGAGCUACGUCCAGGGGGUGACCUGGGAUCCUCUGGGGCAAUAUGUAGCCACUCUCAGCUGUGACAGAGUGAUGCGUGUCUACAGUACUCACACCAAGAAGAAGGCCUUCUGUAUCAGUAAAAUGAGCUCUGGGCCGCUUGCAGAGGGAGAGGUCAAGCAGUACCGAAUGUUCCAUGAUGACAGCAUGAGGUCAUUUUUUCGACGUCUUUCAUUCACACCAGAUGGGUCUUUCCUGCUCGCCCCAGCUGGAUGUGUGGAGAUCGGAGAAAACGUCAUAAAUACUACCUACAUCUUUUCCAGGAAGAGCCUCAAGAGGCCUAUUGCCCACUUACCAUGUCCAUCUAAAGCUACACUGGCUGUCCGCUGCUGCCCCAUCUACUUUGAACUGAGAACCAAAAAAGGAGAAGAUGGUUCUAUACAGACUCUUCCCAAUGUAUUCCAGUUGCCGUACCGCAUGGUGUUUGCUGUGGCAUCUGAGGACUCCAUCUUUCUGUAUGACACGCAGCAGACCCUUCCUUUCGGCCUGGUGUCCAACGUCCAUUACCACACACUCAGCGACCUUACAUGGUCUCGUGAUGGUUCUUUCCUAGCUGUGUCCUCUACAGACGGCUAUUGCUCAUUCCUGUCCUUCUCUCCUGGGGAGCUGGGCACUCCACUGAAGGAGCCCCCCACCCUUGAGGUCUUUGCCCCAAACAGUGGUGUUGAGAAAAAGGGCAAGAAAUCGGCCAGGACCUCAUCUCCUGUGACCCAGCUACCAAGCUCAGCCCCAACUCCCACACCCCAAACCAGCCUUGGUAAAGAUGCCCCCUCUGUCACCCCCCCAGAGGAGAAGAAGAGCACCCCCAGUGCCAAGUCUAAACCUCAGCCCCGUAGGAUCACCCUCAAUACCCUGGAGGGCUGGGGAAAGCCCUCCACCCCUAAAGCCACAGCUCCUUCAGCCCCUCAGACCCCAACAUCAGCAAGCACAAGUGCACCCUCUACUCCCCAACCAUGUGUUGCCCCUCUCACCCCUACCAACUCCUCCACAACCCAGCCACGCAUCACCCCCCUCACUCCCUCCACCCCAAAAGUCCACAACAGUGCAAAUACUCCAGGGCCCACUACCCCUAAGGGUACAACCACCCCGAAGGGGCCCACCCCAAGGAGAGUAUCUUUGACUCCCGUUGCAUCAAGAGUUCCAGCUGUUAGUUCACUGUUCCGCACUCCCUCCUCCACCGAGAAGGCCAAACAUGAGCGUCCUUCUCCUCCCACCGAUCCAGUGUGCCAGCCUCCAGAGUCCAAACGGCCCAAGACCAGCGAACCCCCAGCAAACACCAGUGUCACCCAGGCUUAGUGUUUACUGGAAUAUCAGAAAAGAGUACAUAUAGCAGAGGAUGAAGGUUAAAGGGCCAGUGUGUAACAUUUAAGAGGAUCUAUUGGCAAAAAUGGAAUAUAUUAAAGAUAACUAGGUUUUGAUUAGUGUAUAAUCACCUGAAACCAUGGAGGUUGCCAUGUUGAACCAGCAUGUUUCUACAGUAGCCGUAGCGGAACGGACAGACACUGGUGCUACAUAGGGACAUUUUUUGCAGCCAUCAUAGUUCCUCCUACACGCUUUGAAGGGGAAGAAGUUGCCAUCUUCAUCUUCACUGCCAGUGAAUCUUACACACUGGUCCUUUAAAGAAGCCUCAGUACAAAACCACUGAGGCUCCCCGUGGAUGUAACAGUGCAAUAGCAUUGUAUUAGGGGCUGAUAUUGUCUGUACUUGAUGUUACUAGAUGAAGCUUAAACCUCAGAUAAUGUACUCACUUAUACAACAAACUGCAUUGCAGUAAGUGUGCUUGAAUUAACCUUUUUUUUUUUUUUAGUCGUGUGUGUUUUGUAUUAUACAGUAUUGAGGUAAUUGUAUUAUAUUUGAUUUUUUUUUUACAUUCAGAUGCUUAAGUGCUGCUGUAAAAAAAUGAAAGUUCUGUCAUCUCUUCACUAAUAUGUGAUUGUAAAACAAAUUGCCCUUGAAAGCCUGAGAAAGAAAAAAGAAAAGCGAUUCAGGUUUUAUUUCCUUGUGAGGCCUUUGAAUACAGUCUUAAUCUUAAGACUGUUGACAAACAACUUGAGUGGAAAAACUCAACAUUGUCAAGCAUUUAAGAGUCAUUUUCUCAUUUUCUAAUAAAGGAUGUUUCAUAUA